UUUUUAAAAAAUAUUAAAAUAUUAAUAUUAAUUAUAAAGAAAUGAACGAUUAGUCUCCGCCUCGUGAUUCCUACAAGUCUCUGAUUAUACUUAUAGAGAGCAAGUGUGAAGAAGAAGACAGCAACAAUGGAGAUCACCAUUAACGAGAAGAAGAUAUUCUCGAGACAAUCUUCUUCAUUCAGACUACGAAGUCCGAGUCUAAACGCUCUCCGUCUCCAACGUAUCUUCGACCUAUUCGACAAAAACAGCGACGGAUUCAUCACCGUAGAAGAACUGAGUCAAGCCCUCUCACGACUUGGUCUCGACGCGGAUAUCUCGGACCUCAAACCAACCAUCGAAUCUUACAUCAAACCGGACGAAACCGGACUCCGGUUCGAAGACUUCGCAGCACUCCACAGAACACUAGACGAGUCCUUCUUUGCAGGAGACUGCGAGUGCGACGGAUCUCAAGAAUCAGAUCUAGAAGAAGCCUUCAAAGUGUUUGACCAAGACGGUGACGGGUUUAUCUCCGCCGUGGAGUUGCAAAAUGUUUUGAAGAAGCUAGGGCUUCCUGAAGCAGGAGAGAUCGAACAAGUGGAGAAGAUGAUUGUCUCCGUUGAUAGCAAUCACGAUGGUCGCGUUGACUUUUUUGAAUUCAAGAACAUGAUGCAAACUGUUCUUGUCCCUUCCUCUUGAAUCUUUCAUUUAUAAACUUUCUCGUUUGAUUUGUUUCUUUUGAAAGAAAAACAAUUUCAAGAUGAAUCUUGUGUAAUGUUUGAUUCCAAGAAAAUCAAAUUAAUGUUCUGCUUGUUAGCAUCAAAACAUCGCUUUUGUGUGAAAUAAUUAAUUAUCAAAUAACUCAAACAAGAUGAGAGAUAUAAAAAAGAUUGUAUUGCACUGUUUGUGCUGUUAAAGACAUGGACAUAGAUAUGGUGAAUAAAUGUUAAGAGGACUGCAGGAAAUUAAAUGAGACAAACAAAUUUGUAGAUAACUUCAUAUCAUUUAUUAAACACACAAGUAGUAGUAGUACAUAUUAUUCCAACCAGUACAGUUUUGCAAACGAGAAACACACAUAGUUUAACUUGAUAAUAAGCCACGUACAGUUGGCUGAUUUUCAUAGGUUUCACAGACCUUUAUUUUAUCUUACAUAUUAUGAGACACAACACAAAUAGUAAUAAUACUCACCAC